AUGCCCAAGAAGCGCACCUACAACUUCAAAUCACUCCAAGGCUCAUCAUCAUCAAGCGGCAAGCAAGCCAGCAGCAGCAAAGAUGGCGGCAGCGACAAGGCUGGCAGUGUCAACGAGCGGCUGGGCGAGCUGAGGAGACUGGAAGGGAAAGAUGCUAUUCAAAAGAAAAAAGAGCUGGCUGAAAUCGUCAAUCAACGGUCCGUACCUCCAAAUGUCCGCGCAGUCCUUGGAGUCCCCGAUAGUGAGCCACCAAAGCCAAAGCGAGGAGUGCGAACCAGGAUGCCCAACCGCACGCCAGGUCCUGCGCCGCCUCAGAGCUGGUUGAAGAGGCCGGCGUGGUCGCUUGCGCUGACGCUGCGUGAUGGACGGCGGCGUCUACGUGGUUCGAGCUCUACUAACGACGAUCGUAUUAGGCCGAGUGAGUUGUUGCGAUUUGCACGCAUGACCGGCGAUGAGCCAACUGAAGACAAGGCUGGACCUUCGAAUUUGUUGCAUCUUACACUCAAGACUACCGCCCUGAAUUGGGACUUGUUCGACCACGAGGAUCUACCAGCGCUCGUCGACAUCCCGUUACGGCUUCGUCUGAGACUUCUCGGCUACCUCGCUCACUACGGUCCUCCAAUAGACUUGGCCACUCUGGAUGCUCUGACUCAAGGCAACGAAGCUGUUCGGCGUCUCGAUCUUGCUGGACUAUCUGGUUAUGGAUCGCUCACGUUGCACCGGAUUGUGAAGUUUGUCAAACAACAAUCGUCCAAAGCCACCACCAGUGCGUCGGCUGAUGCUGUCGUGGACUCAUGGGAUCAAGAGGAUAGUUUCGAAGCUGCUCUCACUCCGACGCUGUCUACUUCACGCUUCGCCCAUUUGUCCCACCUAUCACUAUCUCAUCCACCCGCGGGCGCUUCAUGGCGGGAUCUACUGUCCCUGUCGAAACACAUUCCGAGCGUGACUCACUUGUCCCUCGCCUACUGGCCGCGACCUACACUGACUCCGAACUUGGCCACCACCACCGUCUCCAGCCAACACAGUCCGGAUGUUCAAGCUGGCGGAUCCCAUUACUAUUCCAACCUCGAUUUCGAUCUUAGCGAACCAGCAUCUCUCCUGCGACAGCUGAGCGGCAAUCUGCUUUGCUUGCAAUGGCUUGAUCUCGAGGGCUGUACGGAAUGGUUGCCGGCAUUGGGAUAUCAUGGCGAGCAUGUAGACACUCCAGGCGGCAUUAGAGACGGCACGGACGACAUGGAUGAUAUGGCUCAGACGCUGUCACAAGUCGACGCCGUCACGAGCAUCUUCGUCUACAACUGGAAGAACAUUCAGUACCUGAACGUCUCGCAAGGCUGGCUUCCACGCGUGUCUGGUAUGACGGCGUUGCGGAAAGAUCCCUCGGCGGCCAUGCACAGACACAUUGCCGAAAAGUAUCUCGACAGCUUCGACCCCUUUGAGCUUUUGAGGCUUGAGACGGGUAGCGUUGACCUCUACGAUGUCGAAAAACGAAAGGCUCUCAUGUGGGCAAAGACCGAGGCCCCAGCACGAUCAGCUGCUGCCGCUAUCAAUCUGGUUCGUCUUACUCAUGGCUGUAAGAAGGUGGAGAUAGAUCAUGGUUGGGUGGCAAGGAGGUAG